ACGAAAAACAAAUGUUUUGAUUUUCUUUUCUUCACUCUGGUAUCGAAAUUUGUGUUGGAAAAACGUCUUUCCCUUGGGAAUUUACCGAAUGUAUCACAUUUGCUCUUUCAUGUUUUAUUUUUAUGUUCAUUUUCAGAACAUGCGGUCUCUACAUAUCUCUUGUUCUAAUUUGAUACGAGACAAGUUUUGUUAGUUUUGGCUGAGAAAUGGCAAUUGUUUUGUUCACCAGAACAGAACCCUUUACACGUUUUGUUUGGUGGGGGGAUUUGUGAAGAGAUUUGAAAAGAGAAAAGGAAAAUGUAGGUGAAAUGUGAAUAAAAUAUGCAUAUAUUUCAACUACUUUCACACACAUUUUCUCUUUCCUUUUCGAAAUCUUUUUCCAAAUUCUCUAACCAAAAACAGUGUUAAAAGAAAAAAACGAAAAGAAAAAAUGUACCUUAAUGCAAAAUCUACUAAGAUCAGGGUAGAAACUAAAGUGAUCAUGUUUUUGAAUGUUACCUGUGUUAUAUUAUACCCAGUUGUUUAUUUUGUCUGGAAUCCGGUACAGAUCAUCUUAGCAAAAUCACUUCACUUUGAUUGCUCAAGUAUUGCCCUCAUACUGAUGUUUCAAUCUAUUUGCAACAUUGAUCAUUACCUAGUCAAAGGAGAUCUAUGGAUCCUUCAGAACUUAGGUAUUUGGAAGAUGAUGAUACCCCAAUGAUGAAAACAAUCAAGGGUGCAACCACUGGUUUAGCUGCCGGUACUAUUUGGGGUACCAUAGUUGCUACUUGGCACGAUGUGCCUCGUGUUGAAAGAAGUGUUGCACUUCCAGGGUUGAUGAGAACCCUCAAAAUGAUGGGUAACUAUGGGAUGACUUUUGCUGCGAUUGGCGGUGUUUACAUAGGUGUAGAGCAGCUGUUGCAGCAUUAUAGGAUGAAGAGGGACUUUAUCAAUGGAGCUGUUGGUGGUUUCGUUGCUGGGGCUACUGUUCAUGGUUACAAAGG